AAUAUACAUAUUUGUAUUGUAUAAAUGCUUCCUUGUAUAGCGUAUUAGCACUCAUUAUUCAUGAAGCAAACAAUAAUGAGAAUGUUACUGCAUUUUCUUUUAGCAUUGCUUGGUGGUCUUACUAUUUUAGUUUUGAUACAAGCUCAGGAUCAAUCAGGAUUCAUUAGCAUAGAUUGUGGUCUACCUGAACAUUUGAGCUAUUCUGAUACGGACACAGACCUAAAUUACAUUUCAGAUGCCAAAUUCAUAGAUAGCGGUGUGAGUAAGAAGAUAUUGUCUACAAACAAUGUUCGACGGUAUCUAGAAUAUGUGAGAAGCUUUCCAAGUGGAGUGAGAAAUUGUUACAGAAUAAAUGUAACAUCUGGUACUAAAUAUUUAAUCAGAGCUUCUUUCUAUUAUGGUAACUAUGAUGAUUUAAAUGACCCUCCACAAUUUGAUCUUCAUUUUGGAGCUAAUGUUUGGGAUACUGUGAAGUUCCCCAAUGCAUCACGUAUGAGAUUCAAUGAGAUCAUUUACAGUCCAUCACAAGAUUACAUACAACCAUGUCUUGUUAACACAGGCCAAGGGACUCCAUUCAUUUCGGCUAUAGAAUUGAGGCCUUUGAACAAUGAAACUUACGUCACAUCUUCAGUAUUAUCACUCUUCAAUCGAUGCAAUUUAGGUUCCAUCACAGACAUAGAAUACAGGUACAAAGAUGAUGUUUAUGACCGCAUGUGGUUUUCUUAUGAGUUAAUUGAUUGGAGACGAUUAAGCACCUCACUUAACAACGAUCAUCUAGUUCAGAAUAUUUAUAAACCACCAACAAUUGUGAUGAGCACUGCAGCUACACCAGUAAAUGCUAGCGCCCCUUUACAAUUUCAUUGGAGUUCAAAUAAUGAAAAUGAUCAAUACUACCUCUACAUUCACUUUAAUGAGGUUGAAGAGCUGGCCGCAAAUGAAACUAGAGAGUUCAAUAUCACAGUGAAUGACAAGUUAUGGUUUGGACCUGUGACGCCUAUAUACCGGACACCAGAUCUCAUAUUUAGUACAGAACCUUUGCGUAGAGCCGAAACAUAUCAAAUUUCUCUUUCCAAGACAAAGAAUUCAACCCUUCCACCCAUCCUAAAUGCCUUUGAGAUUUAUAUGGCAAAAGACUUCUCACAAUUAGAAACUCAACAGGAUGAUGUUGAUAAUAUCACAAACAUCAAGAAUGCUUAUGGAGUGACUAGAAAUUGGCAAGGAGAUCCAUGUGCCCCUGUGAAUUAUAUGUGGGAAGGCCUAAACUGUAGCACUGAUGAUGACAAUAAUCCCCCAAGAAUCACAUCUUUGAAUUUGUCUUCAAGUGGAUUGACAGGAGAGAUAUCAUCUUCCAUAUCAAAGCUAACUAUGUUACAAUACUUGGAUUUGUCAAACAAUAGCUUAAACGGUCCUUUACCUGAUUUUCUGAUACAACUUCGGUCACUACAAGUCUUAAACGUGGGGAAGAACAAUCUUACUGGAUUAGUUCCAAGUGAACUCCUUGAGAGAUCAAAAACAGGUUCACUAUCACUAAGUGUAGAUGAUAAUCCCGGCCUUUGUAAAAAGGAAUCAUGCAGAAAGAAGAAGAAUUUGUUUGUACCACUUAUAGCAUCGUUUUCAGCAAUGAUUGUAAUCGUCUUGAUUUCUCUUGGAUUUUGGAUAUUCAAAAGAAAGAGACCAGUUAUAAUUACGUCUUCAAACUCUAAGAAUAGGGCUUCAACAAAAUCAAAACAUCAAAGAUUCAGUUAUACUGAAAUUGUCAAUAUUACUGAUAACUUCAAAACUAUUAUUGGAGAAGGAGGAUUUGGAAAAGUUUACUUUGGCACUCUACAAGAUCAAACUGAAGUCGCUGUUAAGAUGCUUUCACCAUCAUCAAUGCAAGGUUAUAAGGAAUUUGAAGCAGAGGCACAACUUCUAACAGUUGUUCAUCAUAGAAAUUUGGUCUCCCUUGUUGGAUAUUGUGAUGAAGGUGAAAUCAAAGCAUUAAUUUAUGAAUACAUGGCCAAUGGAAAUCUCCAACAACAUUUAUUAGUGGAAAAUUCAAAUAUGUUAAAUUGGAAUGAGAGACUUAACAUUGCAGUUGAUGCAGCACACGGAUUGGAUUAUCUGCAUAAUGGAUGCAAACCACCUACUAUGCAUAGAGAUUUGAAACCUUCAAACAUAUUACUAGAUGAAAACAUGCAUGCCAAGAUUGCUGAUUUUGGUCUGAGUAGAGCUUUUGAUAACGAUAUUGAUUCUCAUAUAUCCACACGCCCUGCUGGUACAUUUGGUUAUGUUGAUCCAAAAUUCCAGAGAACAGGAAACACAAAUAAGAAAAAUGAUAUCUACAGCUUUGGGAUAGUUCUACUUGAAUUGAUCACUGGAAAGAAAGCAUUAGUAAGAGCAUCAGGAGAAAGCAUUCACAUACUUCAAUGGGUUACUCCAAUAGUUGAAAGAGGAGAUAUUCGAAGCAUUAUUGAUGCAAGGUUGCAAGGUAAAUUCGACAUCAAUUCGGCAUGGAAAGUUGUUGAGAUAGCCAUGUCAAGCACUUCACCAAUUGAAGUUGAAAGGCCAGACAUGAGUCAAAUAUUGGCAGAGCUAAAGGAAUGUCUAUCUUUGGACAUGGUUCACAGAAAUAAUGGAAGAGAAAGAGCUAUAGUUGAAUUGACUUCAUUAAAUAUUGCAUCAGAUACCAUUCCUUUAGCUAGGUAACCAUGUACAAGAUGAUCUCUUCACCCUAGUCAUGGUAAAUUUGUAUGAUAUGUAAUAUAGUAAUUUGUAUUUUGAAAGUUUUCUGUGAACAAGAAAAGAGUUGUGUGCCAACUACUUUAGUAUGAGUGAUGCUUAAUUAAAAACACUAUUUUCCUCCUAAACUAUUAGGAAGAACAAUGUGCAUGUAAUUUAAAUAAAUUGUUGGUUGUUACAAAUAA